UUUGCAUUGCUUAUUAUUUGGGAGUCGGUAAUGCGUAUAAAUAGACUGAAAUUUGUCAUGCAGAUUUGCCGACAACGACAACAAUUUAUUAAUUCCUGAUGUACGCAGUAUUUCUACAUUGUUGACGCAUUUUAUCAUCAUAUUAGAUUUAAUAUCCCUGCAUCAUGUUCGGAAGAGGGAAGAAAAGUAAUAACGCACCGCCAAAAUCGGAUCAAGUUCGAAAAACGAACACAGACAUGUUUGGCAUGCCUGACCUAUCGGCCUAUGCUGUCAAUGCUGAGGUGGGUGUGUCCGAUGAGGCCCUGGAGGCCGAGCUAGCCGCCCUGCUCGAAGAGGAAGAUGACGACGCCCCUCAGAUCACCCGGCAACGAAGACCAGCUCCAGCUCCAGCCAAGCAGAAUAAGACAGUUGAUGCUAUCAAACACAUUGAUGCAAUGGCUGCCGAAGCAAUGAAGGACAUUGAUGAUGAUGAUCUCGAUGACGAUGACGAAGAUGAGGAUCUCCUACUUGCUGAGCUUGAGGACAUCACACAGGAAUCGUCAGAAACCCUCACUCCUCCUGUCCCAAGUCCAAAGAUGGCAACUAGACCUAGCCCUAAGCCCAGCCCUGCUCCAGAGUCUAGUCCCGCCCCAGGGCUGAGGCCAGGACCAUCCAGUGUGAACAGAAGUCCCUCGCCAGCUAGAAAACCAGGUCCUGGUACUGCAGCACCAAGUCCAUCCCAAACACAGAAACCCUCGGAACCAGCUGAUAUGAACACCCUGCUCCAGCAACGUGCCCAAUCGUACCAGCAGGCCAUUGUCGCAGCAGAGGCAGCUGGGGAGGGGUCAAAGGUCAGGAGAUACAAACGUCAACUCAAGACCUUGACAGAUAUGCUGAGGAAAGUCAAACUGGGUAAACCUGUUGAUAAGGAGGAGAUUUCCCCUGAUGUCUUUGUACCUAAACCAGCAGCUGAUGAACAACCUCCUCCCCAGCAGCAGCAGCAGCAUCAACCAGUGCCUGCACCUAGGGCACCAGCAGUGACACAGCCAACCUCUCCCCCAGCAAUAGUAGAGCGACCAGAUCCUGCACAAAGCAAAAGUACAGAUGCUGAUCAAUUGAAGUUACUGAGUGUGAAGAGAGAUCAAUACAAAAUGGCGGCCCUCCUUGCCAAGAGGUCAGGUGACAUAAAGACUGCUGCCGAACAUCUCAAGGUUGCUAAGCAAUUUGAUGCAGUUAUCAAUGCACUGGAAGCGGGUCAGCAGGUUGACCUCAGUGGGAUGCCCGGUCCCCCUCCACAACCAGCAGCGGCAGCUCCUAGGCAACCUCCUGCUCCACAUCCGACUCGAGCUCCUGCACCCACAGCUCCUGCACCCACAGCUCCUGGUCAAGCUCCUGUUCCUGGUCCAGGUCCAUCGGCAAGCUCAGACCAGGGCUAUCCCAGUCCCAAGACGGACCUUGAGGCUCUGCUUCAGAGACGAGAGAAGUAUAAGAGCAUGGUGGACAAGGCAAAGGAAGAGAAUAACGACUCUAAGGCUCGCAGGAUUGGACGCAUUGUUAAGCAAUAUGAAGACACCAUGAGGAAACAGAAGUUGGGCAAGCCAGUCGAUCUCUCCGAGCUACCCGCUCUUCCAGAGUUCCCUCCCUUUCCUUCUCAAUCCGGUGGCCAGACUGCCCCACCAGUAGCCCAAGCCGUUGCCCCAGCAGCACCCCCUGCAGCUGCCCCGGUAGUUACGGCAGCGGCGGGGGCUAGUGCCCCUCAAGCAUCCCGGCCCGCUCCCUCAAGGCCUCCAGCACCAACGAGGCAGAUGUCAGCUAAAGAGAACAUGUACCAGCGGAACAUCGUCGUCUUGAAGGACAGGAUAAAACAGUUUAAAAUGCUGGCCUUGGAGUCCAAGAAGAGCGGAGAUAUAUAUGAGGCUAAGAGGUUACUCAAGAUUGCUAAGGAAAUCGAGCACAUGUUAAGUGCUGCUGAAGGAGGCCUGCCUGUCAAUCUCGACUCAAUACCUAAGGUUCCUCAAAAGGAGCCCGAAGCCGUCUCCCCUCCGACAUCACCGGAGCCGGAAGGAGGCUUUGAGACGGUUGCCGAUGGCAACGCUCAGGAAGUGUACGCAAGGUUGAUUGCCACCCUGCAAAAACAAAUUGAGGUAUGUGAAGGGAAUGCCAAGGUGUAUGGAAAACUGGGCAACAUCAAAUCAGAAAAGAGGUUUCAAGAAUUUCAGGACUCUUGUCAACAGGAUCUCGACUUGUUGAUCUCCAAGCAGUCGAGAGGGGAAGCCUUACCCAGGCACCAUUAUGAGCAGAGAACACUGCCCUCUGUCAGACUUUGUCCAGAUGUCAAAGAGAAUGAGGCUGAGAUAACCAUUGUGCAGGGAUUGCAGCUGCACUGUCCCAAUGAAAAAGAUUCAAAGGACAUAGACACCUAUAUAAAAGCAGAAUUUCCUUAUCCAUCGGACGAGCCCCCGACCCAUAAGACAGGAUGGGCGAAAGGAGCCGAUAAUCCCCAGUACAACUUGAGCUACACCGUGGAGAUCAACCGCAGCUCCAGGACUUUCAACUCGGCCAUCAAAAGGAAGGCAAUCAAACUUGAAAUCAUCUACAGCAAAGGCUUAUUACGAGGACACAAGACGUUAGGAACAGCCAGCCUCAAACUUGCCGAACUAGAGAACAAAUGUGAACUGCACGAAUCAGUACCGCUGAUGGAUGGAAGGAGAGAGAUCGGAGGAAAGAUUGAGGUCAAAGUUCGCCUUCACCACCCCCUGUCAGGGUUGAAGGAAGACUUUGUGAAGGAGAAAUGGCUUAUCAUCGACAGCGUUCAUAAGAAAACAAAGAUAUCAAGCCCUCCAGCUGCAGCUUCUCAGCAGAAGCAAUCUCCAUCAAAAUCAUCUUCAGGUGGUGGCAGGUCGUCUGGAAGCGUACAAAGAACAUCGGCUACUGACUGCGUUGAAAUACUCAAAUGGGAGAUUGGAACGCUCAAGAAAAAGAUUGGUGACAUGCAAGCGCACAAGCAGCAGGUCCCUAAUGAGUUUAUCAUGAGCUACAAGGCCCUUCAAGAAAGAUUACAGAAGCUACAGACGUUCUUGAAGGAAGGCGGAUCACAGGCUAGAUAUGCCUAUGUCUCAAGGUUACAAGCCUUGUCACCAAACCUUCUAGCCCAGGCCAAAGAGUCACUCCAGGCAGGUCAGAAGGACAAAGCAUCCAUGUUCAUGACCAGGAGAAAACUUGUGGAUGCUGAAAUUGCUUCAUUAUCAAGAAGAUAGAGCGCUAAGGUUUGAUUGAAGCAUCUUGCAUCGGAUGAAAACAUUAUGGAAGUAGUUGCCAUGAAUCCUAAGGGGAGCAAGAAGAGAGUUUGGAUAGUGCCCUAUUGUGAAUCAGAUGUCAUGGUCAUUUUCUUAACUCAUAUGUGAAUGGAUUUUAGCUGCAUUUUAGAGAGAAAAAAUCAGACAUUAAACUUUGUUUCAAGAAAACCUGGUUGGUUAGUCCCUGCUCCCCCUCUUUCUCUCCCUCCCCUCCUCCCCUCCCUCCCCCUCCUCCCCAUCCUCCCUCAUCCUUCCCCCCUCCUUAAAGCCCCAAUGCACUACUUUUUAGCUAGUUGUGCCCUUUUUAUAGCAAACAAUGCCUAAGCGGUGACCAUUGGUCCCGCCACGAUCCCAUUUUUCUUAUGUUAAUUGAGAGCUAGGAGGUCUAAUCCCUCCUGGCCAAACUAGUGCAGAAGGGCUUUAAACAAGUAAAUUAUUCUAGGGACAGUGACAAAUCCAGGAUUCUGUUGCCUGGCUGGGGGAAAGGUACAACUACAAAAAAUCUCUUUUGUAACUUGAGUUCUCCUACAUGGCUCAGAAGGGUUGAAAACAAUAAAAACACAAAGGAGCAGGCUUGUACUUGUACCUUGUUUUUUCUUUAUAUCAACGUUCCAUUGUAUAUUCUUUUCAUUUAAAGCAUUAUAUUCAUAUAAUCCAGAGAGAUGUAUUUAUUUGCAACACUUUCAUGAGAUUUUCCAUGAAUUCUUGUGAUAGCUGUUAAAACUGUAUUUUAGUUUAUGUGUAUAUGAAACACAUAAUUUAUGUUGAUGCCAUAUUAAUGAUACCAAUAUUUUACUUGUAUAUUGUUGUAUAGAUCUUCUAUAUUCGGAAGUUGUGAUAUUAGUUUUCUACCAUUAAUGUAAGACACUCAAUCAUGAAUUUGAUAGGAUUGCCAAAGAUUGUUUAUUUAUGUCAUAAAAUAUAGUUUAUUUAUUGUGCCUCAAUGAGACAGAGAAUUUUUAGUAAAUUAAUAUGAGCUGGUUAUAGGAUUUAUACAAAGUUUAGAAUCAUCUAUGAAUUCAGUUUAAUAAUGAAAUUUGUAAAUUUAUGUUUAGAUAUGGACCAAAGUAUGGUUGUACGCUCACAGUUUAUUCAGAGCAGAGCUAGCUAGUUUUACAACAUAAGUUCAACACUGCAAGCACUUUUCCCCCCAUAAAUUUUAUGAUAUAAAAAGAAGAGUGAUUUCAAGUUGGGUGUUAGUGUUUAGAGCAGUCAAGAGCUCUUAAAUCAAGCUAAAAAUUUGCUGAUGAAUUUAAGAGCCUGAUACCGAUAUCAAUAUUGAUAGCUGGACACUAACACCGAACUGGAAAUCAACAUUUGCUUAAUCCCUAGAGGCUAGUGUUAGUGAAUAGGACAUUUGUACGCAAAAUAUUAACACCAACCAAAAAGAUCGGUUAAGCAGACGACAAUAUGCUAAAUCAAUAACACGUACUAGCCACCGGAAGUUGACGAUAUUCAGAGGUCAAAGCCUUAACACCAGCUGAUUUCCAUUUCAGUGUUUAGGACUGGUGUUAUUGUUUAUUAAACACUAACACCAGCCCUAAACACCCAACUUGAAAUCACUCAAUGUCAGGGUUCUUCUCUUAUUAUUUUUUGUUCAAGGCAUGAUUUCGACUGAUUUGACACACGGUGGAAUAAGUAUAUUUGAUUCAUAUUUAUGUAUAACAGAUAUACAAAUCAUGUUCAUAGAAUAUAACGUUAAAAGUAUUGUAUUGUCUUUCAUAAUUUGCUUUUACACUUACCGGUAUAUUUUCAUUUAUUUUUCAUUUGUCUGCUUGUCUGUUUACUUUAAAAAAUUCUAAUUUCAAUUAACACAUGUCUUAAGUUUUUGUAUACCGGUAAUGGUUUUUUUCUAUUAUUGUUGUUGCAAUAUUUAACAGGCUUUACACUCUUUCUUCUUUUUUAAACCAAAAAAAUGUUUUUAAUAAAUAGUAUACUUAGAUGAAUGCUUUAUUGUUGGAAUGAUCACAAAUAAAAGUGAGAUCCUGACUCAAAGAUCUCAAAUAAAGGAAA